CUAUGAGGAACACGAAAACAGAAGCUGAGGCAGUGCCUGCGUUGUUCUAAAUAUUGGUGGGGGUGGUGUCACGUUUUGUUGUACGUGUACAAUAGUUUCUUGUUAUAUCAAUAAAGGCUACCUGACACCGCAUCCGCCAUCACGUUACACACGUAUUAGCUGUAUCGGAAGCUGUUGAUUAUGAGUUUAUGGAUGAUAACACCAUAACGUCUUCCUCCGCCUGCACUUUUGUUUUUUCACCGGCUCUUCCCCGCCUAGGCUCUCCACGUCACAUGCGGCGCAUCGUUGCAGGCGAAUGGAGCCGAACCGCUAUCUUCACUGACCUGGAUUGUGGAGGGUCUCGAUUCUGCCCAGCUCAGCGGAGAAGAUAAUACUGCAGAUGGAAUCUUGACGUGAACGAUGCCGCUGCAGGGCAGCGCUGUGCCAGGAGCGUCCGCCGAGCUGAAGGAGGAGCCGGCUUGAGAAAUUCCAGUAAUCGUAACACCCUUAACUACACCUGGAUUACAGCAAACUCACCUCACUGUUUGCACAUCGAUCUUCUACAUGGAUAUGGAGGGAGCAGGAUAGCGGGAAGAUGAGACCAGAUCUUCGCAAUUUAACGCACCAACGUAGCCAAUGGAUCUAAAGAGAGUGCUAUCCUUCCCCCCAUACCCCGGGGAUUACCUACAUCCAGUGGUGUAUGCCUGCACCGCAGUUAUGCUGCUCUGUCUGCUUGUCUCCAUCAUGACUUACAUUGUCCACCACAGUGUGAUCCGAAUCAGCAGGAAUGGCUGGCACACACUCCUCAACUUCCUCUUUCACACAGGACUGACAUUUGGUAUUUUUGCUGGUGGAAUCAAUCAAAUCAACUUACCUUUUGUGUGUCAGAUUGUUGGCAUUGUGCUCCACUAUGCUUCUCUGUCUACCAUGCUGUGGCUGACCUUCACUGCUAGAAACAUCUGUAAAGAUGUUUCCAAAGACCCACUUCAGGCACAGGAGAGGAAUAGGGCUUCCCAGACUCGUACCAAACCAGCCAUCCUCCGAUUUUAUCUUGUAAGUGAUGGAAUCCCUAUCAUAAUAGUUGGAGUUACAGCAGCAUUUGGUAUGGAUAACUAUGGCAGCAGAGAUGAUGCACUGUAUUGCUGGAUGGCAUGGGAACCAAGUCUGGGUGGUUUCUAUGCUCCCAUGAGUCUUCUGGUCUUAGUCAUGUGUGUGUACUUCUUGUGGACUUACGUCCAGCUGAAGCGCCACCCAGAAAGGAAGUAUGAGCUGCGGGUAUUAAGUGAAGAGCAGCAACAGCUGUCAUCAAAUGAGUCGCACCAUCACUGCCACACUGACACUGGGUCUGCUGGGGACUGCCAGCCCUUUGCUGCUGGCGUGUCAGUUCUGGCCAAUGAGCACUCUUUUAAAUCUCAACUCCGGGCCACAGUCUUCACCCUCUUCCUGUUCCUGGCUACCUGGACUUUGGGAGCAUUGGCUGUUUCACUGGGACAUUUCCUGGACAUGAUAUUCAGUUGUCUCUAUGGUGCUUUUUGUGUCACUCUGGGACUCUUCCUUCUCAUCCAGCACUGUGCUAAGCGUGAUGACGUGUGGCACCGUUGGUGGGCUUGUUGCCCAUCCAGAUCAAAGACAGAGGAUGGGCCUGGAGAAGGACAGAGCCAGAGGCAGGAAGUCCAUCAGCCACACUGCCAUUUGAAUUCCCCACUCUCAGUGAAGCAGCAGAUGCUUUCUCCUUACCCUAUUCAGAGUUCUCACCACAGAACAACACCGCCUCCCCAAAGCCCAACAUUAAAUCACACAGGUCCAUGCUGUGUGGCUGUAAUGACUCCUGUUAGCCCUUCCCCCAUCUCACCUCGUGCUGACCAAAUGCCUUCACCACGUCCACAGUCACUUCCUGAUGAGCUCCCUCAUCCAGCUCUUCCCCUGCAGAGUUGCAUUGCUGAUAGGACAAAGACACGCUCUUUCAACCGUCCACGCCAAUGCUUCCAGGAUUACCGGUCUCAUAUCACUUCCACCAGUAUGGAUGGGAGUGUGCACAGUACUCACCUGGACAGUCCUCAUAAUGUGCACCACAUUGAAGCCUCACCACUGGUUUCUAAUAGUCCACACCCAGAUCUCCAGCUUCCGUACAUCAGCCCUCAUUUAGAUAGCCAACUUGUAGUGUCCUGUCACAGCUUGGAACGCCAGACCUCCUGCCACAGCGUGCAAGACUCAGUUGCUUCCUGUCACAGUCAUGCCCACAACAUGCAUGACAGUAUCUCUUCCUGCCACAGCCUUCUUAUGCCUUCUCAUGGGGUCGACACCAGCCAGUGGCACAUGUACUGCUCAGUCGAUGACUCUUCCAGCACAAACUGUUGUGAGAGAGCUGAUCCCGUCAUCUUGCAGUAUGAACCAGACCCUGACAAUUUGAGCUGGAUGUCAAAGACGGCAGACAAAGAAAAGAUCUGUCUAGAGCUGGAACAGAAAGGUUUCCCAAGGAACACCCUACCUCGGCAGCAUGGCACUGUGAACCGACGGGGACCCAUUGGUCGAAACAGGAGUCUGCAGGAAGAUAGCCUGUUUGGUUCAGAUGCCACAGGAAACAUACGGACAGGCCCCUGGAAGAAUGAAACCACCGUAUAGUCUUGAAAUCCUUGGAGCAGUCAAACCUUCCAGCAAAUGACUUUUUGUUUGGGUCCCUUUGCCUUCCAGGCCCUAAGACCACAGGUUGAGCUUUUACAUCCCAGUAACAUUUCAGAUCUCCUUAUGUCAAAGUUAACAUUUUAUUGUUUCAAAAAUCAGAUCUGAAUAAACACACACACACACACACACACACACACACACACACACACACACACACACACACACAAAAUGAUCAGUUAAUGUUAAAUAUUUUUUCUGCUCCAUGAAAUUUAAAUUGCAAUCAGUAUUAUAUAUUGAUCCUAAGGAGCAGCCUGAAAACAUAUCAGUGUUACUGAAAGAAGUUCACAUUCCUCCUAUAGUCCAAGGAUAUGCAGACAGGCAAGAAAAACUCAGAAAGGCCAGUGAAAGUCAUGCAUCGACUAGACGUGAUCAAAAAAGAACUGAAGGGUUAUUUUUUGAAUGAAACAGACCCAAACUUUGAUACAAGACAGCGGUGAUAGUACGAUUUAUUGGAUAAGUUCAUUUACCACAGAUAUUGAUUAAGAGAACUGAUACAAGCAAAAAUUUAAAAAGUGAAAAUCCUUAGAAUUCUUACCACUCAACAGAUACUGUGAAAUGUUUCAGAGCAUAAAAACUUACUUUUCUUAAAAAACAAACUCUGGAAGGUGUACAUCGCUCAGUAACUUUACUGUUUGAGAAUUCAACAAUCUUGUUAUCUUGUUAUCUUGUUAUCGUGUAUGCCCUGCCCUUCCCAGGCGCCUCUAAUCCUCCUAUUGCUCUUGAACAGUUCAACUUUAUUUAUACAGUGCCAAUUCACAACAACAGCUGGCUUAAGUCACUUUAUAUUGUUGUGUCUUACAAUACAGAUUUUUUUAAUAUUUUCCUUGUGAUUGCUUUGGUUGCUACCAGAUUGCUGUGGUCGCCUGUAGUUUGCAUGCAUCAGAGGUGAAUUGUCUCCAUUUCCAACGUGUGUUGCACUUUUCACAGUUUUACUACCACUUAUAUCAAGUACUUAGCAAGUGUUGUCAGACAGGUCUGGCUGUUUGGCGACUGUGGCAAUCUGUUACUGAAUAAAACAUUUGCAAGGAGGCUUUUUUGUGCAGCACUGUAUACCUCUUUGUGACCAAUUUUAGCUUGUGAGAGCAAGUUAGUUCCCGCAUUUGCCAAGUGGUCGGGCAAUACACGACUGCGAAUAACCUCUACUGGGAAAUUUUGUCUCACAACCAAGGGAUGAAAGGCAGCUUCCAAUCAUUCACUAGUGGUGUGUGACUGGGGUCUAAAGAUGUGCAGGUUUGCAUGGACAAAGAUAUUAGUGCAUAUUGUAUUAGAAGGAGCUUGUUUUUCAGAGUGCAAAGUGUUGUGAGAAAAUAUUUAUUUGAAUUAAGGUUGACUUGCAGAAUUCAAUUAAUUUCAUCCUAAAAAAACAGCACAUAGUAUUUCACUACUGAUGUGGUGAAAUAAUAAUAAUAAUAAUAAUGUGUCUGUGAGUGUUCAUUCCUUUGGAAUAGAGUAUAACUUCCCUGAAAUGAAAUGUCUUUUCUCAGCAGUGCGCUUGCACAAAACCCUUUUUUCACUUUUCUAUUAGGAUAUUUUGGAUUCAUAUAUCCAAUACCAGACAGAAGUUGUUUUUUUUUAAGUACAGCUGUUACUGAGACUUUGUUGAGACUGUCUAAUGUUCUUCUAAUCAGUGUUCUUCUAAUACAGGUCAGCUCUUACGCACAGAUUUCAGGUUUGCAGGAUGGAAUAUGGUUUGCAGUUUUAUAAAUCCUGGGAUUCACCCAAGUCUUAACCUAUAGGACCACACGCAGUCCUCAGCAAUUUCCAUCAGAAAAAUUAUUCCUUAUAUUAUAAACAUCCUUCAGCAGCUGUGGCUCACGAGGUAGGGUAGGUCAUCUACCAAUCAGAAGGUCAGUACCUUAAUCGUCAGCUCCUCCUGUCUGCAUGUUGAAAUAGGCAAAAUAAGGAACUUCAAGUUGUCCCCUAUACAUCUGUGCGAGUGUGUGCGUGAAUGUUAGACAGAUUCUGGGUUAGAUUCUGGGUUACAAUCCCUGGAUCUCCAUGCAUUCUGCAUGGCGUUUCUCCCACAGUCGAAAAAACAUGCUGUUUCCCUUGGCUUGCCUAAUACAGUCCCAGUGUGGGGAGUUCAUAAGGAAAGCCAAAGCCCUCAGUGUUUGUGGGGGCAAAUGUUAUUAUAAAACCAAAUUAAAGAAGCUCUUUAAGAUUCUUACCAUUCUAAAUCCUUUACAGGCAAAUCACUCUGGAAUUUGGAGAGGCUAUCAUCCACAUCUUCAAACAAAGUGCAAUAUACAGUAUUAUGCAAAAAGGCAGUAGAUGGUCAGUGAUUGCACCUUUAAAUACUUGGAUCACUGGACAAUUUUUUAAAGUUAUAUAUUUGUUAAUGUUAUAUUUCUUAUUGCAUUUACAAGAUAUUUACACGUGGAAACCCAUGGAAUCAGAGUGAGCAUGUGUGUUUUCAUGUGUGCAACAGUGCAUGAUUAGGUACAUAGAAAUUUAGUGUGUUUUUGCUACAUCUGUUUAUAGGACCACCCUUGCAGAAUGAGUUUAGUGAAUAUCUUGGUGAAGAUUCAUUUAUAAAGUCUAUGGGUUUUUUAUUGAGACGCUUUAUUUAUACUGCCAAACAGAGUCAAACAGACUCUGGCCUGACAAGUAUUGCACUAAUGUGUGACCCUCACAUUGUGAGAUAAUGAUUCCAAAAAGUACAAUGUGCUACAAAGCACAAACUUUGUGCCAGAAUUAUGUGCCAAUUUUCACUGUGAUGAUAAACUACACACAACACCUUCUCAAAGAGUGAUUACAUAGUUUGUAGCACCAUAUCAACUCAGGUUUUAAAAGAUCAUCAGCAAUCCUUUAAAGCAGAACACAGACUUCUUUCUAUAUGAUUCCCCAGUGAGGUGUUUCAUAAAGUAGUGUUGGCAGUUGAGCAAAACCUUCUUCAGUAAUUCAGGUUCCGUUUGAGUUUCACAGAACAGAUAAAAUAACCCUCCAGAACAGCCCAGUUCUGGCAAAAUAAGUUUUAACCCCUAAUUCACCACUGGUGCUGUGUAAAUACCUUAUUAAGAGGUAUGAUUCUACAAUAUGACCGAGAACAUUCCAAAAAUCAGGAAGUCCACUUGGUGACACUUGGUGAAACUAGAUUCAGAGUGGGGCACUAGUCAUCUGCAUGACCGAUUUGGAGUGAGGGGGAAAGGAAAAGAAUGAACAAUUUGGACACUGCAAUGGGGAAAGAAAAGAGAGAGAGAGAGAGCAUACACACCAUGAAUUAAAUAAAUGAAAAAACACAAACUAUGAGUAGCAGUACCUGAGACAACCAGGUGGGGUUACAUGAGUGUUCUCCAGAAGUACAGCUGAUUUCUUUCUGAGUAAGAGUUGAAAAGAUAGUUUUAACCCAAUGUCCAUAUUAAAUAUGAGCUAGAGUCCAGAUGAUUUACAGCCUUGGUUAGAAUUUGUAAUAACUGUCAUUUUUGUCUAUCAAGGGACAGAAAUGACAAUAUAUGUAAUAGCCUGUGUUUCCUUGACUCAUUACCGAGUGGUGAGAGGUGUGUUUUUUAGAAUUUAGACUGCAUAUAAAAGGUGGACUUGAAGCCUCAAGGUUAGUUUUGGUGCAGCAGCCAUCUUUGUUUUUUGGAGCGAAAAUAACUAUUUGUAAGAGAGGGCAGAGUGCCAAGUUGACAGUGACAACAUUUUGUGUCCUUUGUGUAUACUUGGUUUAAUUUUUUAGUUUGCACUUGCACUUUUACUGUUUCAGUGUGUUUCAGUUUAUUUUAGUCUUCCAUUAUAUUUUUUUGUCAAGUCUUCUUUCUCUCUGUUAGUUACUUGCUUUUCUAUUUUGAUAGCAUUUUCUCUCUGUUGCUUUGUAGUUUUACGUGCUUUGUCUCGUUGUUCCUUUUCCUACUGCAUUCCCCACCUGUUUCUUCUCCCCUCAUUAUCUUCAUAUUGUGUCACUCUCCCCUUGUCCUCUGUUGCAUUGUGUAUAUAGCUGUGUCUUCCUAGUGUUCCUGGAUGUUUGGAUAUCCUGGCUUAGUGCCUUACAGAUCCCAAGAUUUAUGGACUGUUUCAUUCCUGGGCUUAGAAGCUUAAUGUUUUUCCUGUCUUCUGCAUUUGGGUUUGUAAAUUUUCAAGACACACAAUGGGUCAUGAUAAAAAAAGCCAUAAGGCCUGCUUUUUUAAAACCAAAUUUUUAUCUAUGAAACACCUCUCUGGCUUGUGUUAUUUAGCAUGUGGCACAUUUUGUAGAAAUUAGAGCGCAUCGAUCUUUUCAGUUUUAUCCAGUGAAGAUCAUUUCACUCAUAUUCUGCUUUUGGGGUGAAACUGGUGUUGAUUUGAAGAAUUUGAGUCAUACCACUCAUCAUGUCACAUGAAGGUUAGACACAUUUUCACUUUUAUGGCACCAUAUCCCACUCUGAUUGAGUGACACUAACUUUUAACCUGAUGUCGAUCACUGUGCAUGUGUUGUGUUGUCCUGUCCCAGUGUUUCAACAGCUUUAAGUGUCUUCCUGGGUGGGGUAGGAGGAUAGUCAAUGUUAAAAUGCCACUGACACCAGCUGUCAAAUGUGAGAUCCUUUUAAUGUCACAUGAAAUAAAAAAUAAACAAAUGGAUAAAAGGGGAUGCCAAUCUGAGCACUGAGUGUUGCCUGAAAUAAAGAUUUACUGUGACAU